UAAGAGUAAAAGACCAUGGGCUUUCUGCUGCCGAUACUUAUUGCCCUGCUAGCUUCUGUUCUGGGUGGGCUUUAUCUCCUGGGGGCCUUCAGACAGCGUCGUCCUGGGGAACCCCCCCUGGACCGAGGCCCCCUUCCCUGGCUUGGACACGUCCUAGAGUUUCGCAGGGACACAGCAAAGUUUCUGGAGAGGAUGAAGAGAAAGCAUGGGGAUAUUUUCACUGUGCAACUGGGAGGAUAUUACUUUACAUUCCUCAUGGACCCACUGUCAUUUGGGGCGGUUGUGAAGGAGCCCCGAACAAACCUGGACUUCACCAAGUUUGCAGAGCAGCUAGUGAAAAAAGUGUUUGGCUACCACCCCAUGGAGAAUGACCACAAGUUUCUACAGGCGUCCAGCAACAAGCAUCUGAUGGGGGACGGUUUAGUGGUCUUGACCCAAGCCAUGAUGACCAACUUACAGAAUCUGAUGCUGCAGAGCAUAGAAACUAGAGAAAAUAACCAAAAGACCUGGAAUGAGGACGGUCUGUUUCACUACAGCUACAACAUUGUCUUCAGGGCAGGUUACCUGUCUCUGUUCGGUAAUGAGACACCUAAAUCUACAGAGAGUCUGGAAAAAGCAAUAGACAUUGACAGGGAGGAGUCUCAAGAGCUCUUCUAUGAGUUUCGUAAGUACGAUCAGCUCUUCCCCAGACUGGCAUAUGGGGUCCUGCCUCCAGGGAAGAAAAGAGAGGCAGAGAGGCUUAAAAGGUUGUUCUGGAACAUGCUGUCAGUACAUAAAUUGAAGACCAGGGAAAAUGUCAGCGGCUGGGUACGUGAGCAGCAGCAGGAGCGGGAGGAGCACGGCAUGGAAGAAUUCAUGCAGGACAGAUACAUGUUCCUUCUCCUCUGGGCCUCACAGGGCAACACAGGCCCUGCUGCCUUCUGGCUCCUCCUCUAUCUCAUGAAGCACCCGGACGCCAUGAGGGCUGUGCAGCAGGAGGCGGAGAAAGUCCUGAAGGAGACAGGCCAGGAGGUGAAGCAUGGCGGCCCAUUAGUUGACCUGACCAGAGACAUGCUGCUAAAGACGCCCAUCCUGGACAGUGCCGUGGAAGAGACCCUCCGCCUCACUGUCGCCCCUGUCCUCACCAGGGCCGUACUCAAGGACAUGUCACUCAAGCUGGCUGAUGGAAAUGAGUACUGGCUCAGAGAAGGAGACAGAGUAGCCAUGUUUCCCUAUACUGCCGUUCAGAUGGAUCCGGAUGUCCACCAAGACCCACUCACAUUCAAGUAUGAUCGCUUCCUGACCGCAGACGGGGCAAAGAAAACAGAUUUUUACACAGGUGGAAUAAAACUGAAGUACUACAAUAUGCCGUGGGGUGCUGGACACACCAUGUGCCCCGGGCGCUUCUUUGCCACUAAUGAGCUGAAACAGUUUGUCUUUCUCGUGCUCAUAUAUUUUGACUUUGAGCUCAAAAACCCAGAUGAAAAGAUUCCUGAUAUUGACGUCACACGUUGGGGUUUUGGGUCCAUGCAGCCAACUAAAGAUGUCCAGUUUAAGUACAGACUCAAGUUUUAAAACUGAGACUGACACAAGCCAGCCUGUGAUAACUUUCAAAGAUAACAUUGUCUAAUGUGGUUAAUUUUCUGUUGAUUAUUAUAAAUUAUCUGGAGGACCUCAACUUUAUUUAGAGGACAUACAGUAUAGCAAAUAAUUGUAAUUCAUUACAAUACUAGAUAUUAUUCUUGUUUUUUUAAGAAGAAAAGUUGUGAAUUUACAAUAUCUUUGAACACAGUUAGUUAGUCAAGAAGACAUUGUGUAACUGCAACAUGGCAGUAGCUGAAUUAAGUUGAUUUUUACAAAAUACAAAGUUGUUUUCCGAUUAUAAACACUGAUUUUCAUAAUAAACCUCAUGUAAGAGUUGAACGACAUUGCAAGAUUCUGCUGUCUUCAGUUUUUUUGUAUACAGCAUCCAGCCCUUAAAUGCAGCAUUUUUUUAUCAAUCAUUAAUUCAUUGUAUGUAUUCCUCCCUUCAUUUGGAAUAAAAUACGUGUAUAAAGUA